AUGCGGCUAGUCAACUCUCUUCUCGACCACACACGACGACGGCCAUCGGACAACCGUUUCGCGAAGAGGAUCAAUCGACAGUGUAAAUGGCGACGGAGUAAGAAGAUAUUCGAAAUGGAUGCUGCCUCAUCGUUCCUAGCCUCAACGGCUCCAUUUCUCCCGCCGCGUGUUUCUUACACCAGGAAGAAAUUUCCAGUUGCAGCUCAACCAUGCCCCAGAUUUUCGUUAUGUUUGGCCUCCGCAGUUUCGAUGGCUGCCAACACGCUCAGGGAGUCCGAAAUUGAACUGGAGAAUCAGAAAUUCGAGCUGCUCAGAGCCGUUACCGACACCAAACGCGGCCUAAAUGCUACGACCGAUCAACGCUCUGGCAUAGAGGAAGCCCUGGUGACUGUUGAAAGUUUCGACGCUGGGAAGCCGAUUGACUUGGAUUUGUUGGAUGGCACUUGGCGCCUGCAGUACACUUCGGCUCCUGACGUGCUCGUUCUCCUACAAUCUGGCUCAACUCUUCCUUUCUUAGAGGUUGAUCAAAUUUUCCAAAAAUUUGAGUGUGGCGGACAAUCUAGCCAGGGUAUUGUUCGAAAUGUUGUCAGAUGGAGCAUACCUAGAUUGCUGCAAGAGGAAGAGGGUGCAGUCUUGCUUGUGUCUGCCAAAUUUUCUGUUGUUUCUAAACGCAACAUUUAUCUCGAGUUUGAAGAGAUAGCUAUCCAGAACAUUAACAUCAGUGAUGAGUUACAGGCUCUGCUCGCUCCAGCAAUACUACCGCGAUCCUUUCUGAAUCUGCAGAUCCUCCAGUUCAUUAAAUCAUUCAAAGCUCAGGUUCCUGUGAGAAGCCCACAGAGGCGAUCUGCCGGGGGACUUUAUUACCUGUCAUACCUGGAUAGAAACAUGCUUUUGGGUCGUGCAGUUGGAGGGGGCGGCGUAUUUGUUUUCACUAGAGCACAAGCAUUCGAUGGAUGAGAGCCAGACGGUAUGUGAACUCAUUCUUGUUACCUGACUUCCAUUGCAUUAUAUUUUUAUUAAAAAUCAUACGGUGGAGGAACUAUAAUCAAAUCUCGUCUCAUUUUCUUUUGGAUACAAAGCUUUUAAGAUUAACUGUAUCUUCUAAUUAGAUAUGUAUAGAUAUGAUUGUCUAUUGUCUGGACAAAAUCUUCUAAUUAUUGAACUA